CAGACUACAGACUCCAUGCCUGCACCGUGCAUGCCACGCUGCCGGCAGUGGCAGUGCAGUUUCGUUCUUUCAUUACAAUCAUUUUGUACUGUCGCUGCGAUCGAGUAGAGCAGCAGCACUGCACUGCUGCCACUGCUGCAGUGCUGGAUGCGAGUAAGUGUUAGUUAGCUAGUUGCCUCCCUUCAUUAUCACUCAUCAGUGGCUAGACUAGAGCCAGAGGUCCUGAUCAACACGGCAACAGUACGUGUUGUGGUCGUUUUCAUCCCGGCGUAUAGGUUUGGCUUCAGAGUUCAGUCAGACUCAGAGUUCAGGCAGCUGGGAGUGGGAGCGGUGACUCUGUGGCCAAAUCGUGUGCUCGGUUCCACAGACUCAGUGCAGUAGAAGUACGGUCGGUAGAUAUCUAUUUCGACCUCACACGCGACCCGUCGACCAUUGGCAUUGUCAUUCAUAGCGUUUCUGUAAUGAUUUUAGUGCGAGUGGCUUUGCUCUCGAGCUCCCUCGAUCGCUUGUACUACGUCUCUGAACUGCGAGUGUUGUUGGACCUGAGCAGCAGCGGCGGCGUAGUAAGUGAAGGAAGUUGACGUUGGCCGCUUGUGUGUGUUUUUCGGGUUUCUGCUGCUACUCCGAUCCGCUCUCGUUUUGAGGUGCAGCUGCAGGUCUGAAAGGGCUGUGGAGUGUGGUCGUGUGGAGCAUUUUGGUCCUUGAUGUAAUGUGGGUGACGGGAUCGCGACGUCGCCAUACAGCAGUAGCACUGGCACGUCCGCAAGGUGGUUGUAACACGCGGAAGCGUUCCGAACGCUCGCUAGAUGUGACUGGCGUGUCGUUGGCGCGUGGAUUUGUUCGUGGCUCGUUAGAUUUCUGAGAGUCCUGUGUGUCUCUGCUGAGCUCUCUGCUGCCACCGCUACAAUGGACGUUCGACCAGCGAGCAGUGCAGGUAAUGCAGUCAAAGAGCGUCCCAUGGUGAAGAUCAAGUUGGUCAACGGUAGUGUUCGGUCGUUCCGAUGCCCAGCCAACACCUCAAUGCGGGAAGUAUGCCGACUUGUGCUCUCUCGCCUGGGCGCUGAUGCGACGAAAGUGCUGCACUAUUGUGCCAUGCGUGUAGAGAAUUCCGACGGUGAUCAGUUCUACUGGCUGUCCAAUGACAUCACACUGUCCGAAGCCCAGUCCAGGUUCAAGACAGUAUGCACCGAAGGGGAGUGGAGCUACGUACUGCGCAUCCGGUUUCUGGCACAUGAUGUUCUGCAACUUCUUGACAUUGAUCAGGUCACGUUUCACUACUUCUACGACCAGAUCAGAGUUGACUUCAUGAGAGACCCGUCAGCAGUGGAUGCUGAUGUCAUGCUGCAACUGGGAUGCCUAGAGAUGAGGCGCUUCUUCAAGCACAUGCCACAGGUAGCGUUGACAAAGAAGUCAAACUUUGACUUUCUUGAGAAAGAGGUUGGCCUGCAGAAGUUUAUUCCCAAGUAUGUGGUGGACUCCCUCAAGCCCAAGGCGUUGAGGAAGACCAUUACAAAUUACUUCCGUCAGUACGCCAACCUUGACGAACACUCGUGCAUGUUCAAGUUUGUAGACUUGUUGAGCCGCUACUAUCGCCUUGAUGCGGAGACUUUCCAGUGCUCCAUUGGGACUGGAGUUCACGUCAAGGUCGGACCAUCGUGUGGUAUCAGCUAC